CAGGGGUCGGCCGCGGCGAUGGCGCGCUGGUGCCGCGCGCUGCUUCAGGGGCUCCUCGGCCGACGGCUCGUGUCCGCGGCGCCUCCCGGGGCGGCGUGUUCCCGCCUGUCCGCCUUCACACCCUGGAGCGCCGCCUCGGCCCCGCGGGCCGGCGGGAUGGACUACUCGGAUGCAGUGUGGGCACUGAACAGCCUCCAGACCAAUGCCAGCGUGUUGGAGAACGUCCGGCGGGAUCAGGCGCGCGGGCAGUCCGAGGACACACUCAAAGCCAUGAAAUCCUUCCUGGAGCGAACUGGAUUGACGGUGGAGCAACUGGAUCAGCUGUCUGUCAUCCACGUCACUGGCACUAAGGGCAAGGGUUCCACCUGUGCCUUUUGUGAGAAAAUAUUGCAUAAUUACGGAUUAAAGACUGGAUUUUUCAGCUCUCCACACCUGGUGCAAGUCCGGGAGAGAAUCCGAAUCAACGGUCAGCCAAUCAGUAAAGAGUUGUUUGCCAAAUACUUCUGGCAGGUUUACACCCUUCUGGACCAGACCAAGGGAGAGCAUGCGGACAGCCUCCCCGCUUACUUCCACUUCCUCACCAUCCUCAUGUUCCACAUCUUCCUGCGAGAGAAGGUACAGGUGGCGAUUGUGGAGGUUGGUAUCGGCGGAGCCUUUGACUGCACCAACAUCAUCAGACGUCCUGUCGUGUGCGGAGUUUCGUCGCUGGGGCUUGAUCACGUGGCUAUCCUGGGAGACAGUCUGGAGAAGAUCGCCUGGCAUAAAGGAGGAAUCUUCAAGCCUGCAGUCCCGGCAUUCACGGUGACGCAGUUCAGUGGACCAAUGGGAGUGCUGGUCCAGAGAGCUAAAGAGAUUGGGUGCCUGCUGCGCCUGUGCCCAGAUUUGGGGGAUUACCCCGUGGAGGGCGGGAAGUUACACCUGGGCUUGGUGGGAGAACAUCAGAAACACAACGCAACUCUGGCCCUGCAACUGGUCCAAACCUGGCUCCGGCACCACGACUUGCCCUCGCUCCGAGGGUCCAUGCUGCCCCCGGGGGAGUACGAGCACGGGCGCCCUCCGGCCAGCUCAGGGUUCCCGCUGCCGGCCCCCAUGGUGCAAGGCCUGCAGGACACGGUGUGGCUGGGACGCUCACAGGUUAUGAAGCGUGGCCCUGUCACCUACUACAUCGACGGAGCUCACACCAUCGAGAGUAUGCAGGCCGGUGUCAGGUGGUAUCGGGAAUACUCGCUGAGGGAGGCAAAAGCAGUGGACGGCCGGUUGCUGCAGGUGUUGCUGUUUAACACGACUGGAGAGCGAGACGCUCAGGCGCUGCUGAAACUCCUGUUGCCGUGCCAAUUUGAUUUUGCGGUUUUCUGCCCCAAUCUGACGAUGGCGACACAGAGCAUGAGUGAUGAUCAGACAAAUUACACGGUGUCGCUGGAGAAUGUGCUGACCAAUUGCUUGACAAACCAGCAGACGUGGUGCCAGUUGUUGCAAGGUGGGCGUGAGGAGAGCUGGCGGGCGUCUGGUGACAGGCUGGCGGAGUCUGUCAGACUGGUGAAGGGUGGGGGCCGGGAUCGGGGGCUGCUGCUUCUCCGGGAGUCCGAGGGCUCUGAGCUUGACCAGCCGGAGGCGCGGGCGCUGGUCUUCCCCUGUAUCUCAGACGCCCUCCAGUGGAUCACACAGGGGCGAGACCCUGAGCUGGGGCUGGGGGCUGCUGGUUCCCCCACACUGCAUUCCGCUGGGGCCCGAGCCCUCCAGGAGGCUUCAGCCAUUCAGAUCCUGAUCAUAGGCAGUCUGCAUCUCAUCGGCGGUGCCCUGAAACUACUGGACCAGUCACUGUCUGAGUGAGGCAAAGCUCUGCUCUUACUCCCCGCCUCCCGUCAGGGCUCUCUCGGGCACAGUGGGGGUCAGUGUCCGUCAACAACAACUAAAACAUUUAUAGAGCGCCCUUCACACAGGGAAGCAUCCCACAGGGCUUGCCCCAGCCUCCAGCUUUGCUCAGCCAGAGCAGCUCAACAACAACAAAUUACAUUUGCAAAGCACCUUUCAGGUCAGGAGGAUGUCCCAAGACCCUAGACAGUCAGAACCACCUUUUAGUUGUCCGAGUUUAACCUCUCUGUGGGGGGAAAGCGGGGUGGGGGGAGGCCAGAAUGUCACAGCAACAUGAUAAAAGUAAUUGCCAACGUUUUGUCAUUUUUUUAAAAAAAAGUCUUAAUUUUGCUUUAAAAAAUUGUCUUAAUUUUUAAGAAUAAACAAGGAUGGUCAAUCUGACAACAUCUCUCUUUCCCUCCCUCUCCCCUCAUUAAUUCCUGGGGGAGAGGAGUUGUCUGCCUUGGGGAAGGGGUGUCUGUUCUGGGAGUGGGGGGGUCUAAGGCUAAAAGUAAUGUCCCAGCUUCGGGGAAGGGGGUAAAUUGGAGCUCGGUCAUUGCACCUGAGUGGAUGUUGCACACUCACCUGGAGGUUAGAAGGUCGUGAGUUGGGAUUUGAGUCUAACCUGGUGGAACCCAGGGCAACGCUGGGGCAAGUGCCAAACUGUUGGAGGUGCCGUCCUUUUGGCAAGAUAUUAAACCGCGGAGCUAUCUGCCUAUUCAGGUGAAUGUUAAAGAUUUCUGCCUUGGGGAAGGGGUGUCUAUUUAAUAAUAAUAAUAAUCCUCGCAUUUGAAUAUAGUGCUUUUCACGUCG